AUGGCCACAAGCGAACCUUCGUCAGACGAUGAAACAACAAGAGGAGAGCAGACAUUCAGGACGAAAUUGAAGAACGUUCGGCAGAAGAGUACAUUCGAGAGAACGUUGUGCGACUUCUUUCCCGAAGGUGUUCUAGGCGGAUUGGUCACAGAGGAGAUGAUCAAAGAUGUAUUGAACAUCAAGAAGCCAACGCCAGAAGAUGACGCAUUGGUACAAUUCAUCAGGACACAGGCGCAGAAAGUCUUUACUAUAGCUGUGUGCGCAAAAUUAACCAAAAUCAACAAGAUCAUGAAGUGGUUCCAAUCAAAGGGGCUGAACGAUACCGACCUACCGAUCACCGAUCCCGAGAACGCGUUCUGCAAGAGAUCCUGGUACGACGAUCUCAUUGAACAUCAGUGGAAGUUCUAUGCUGCCACGUUCUCCACCACGAAAUACAACCAUGACCUCGAAGAGUCUCGCAUACUUCCUUUUACAUCCAAAGCAAAUGACGAUGGAAGAGGCUCCUUCGGAGUGGUCUCGAGAUAUGUGAUGCACCAAAACCACAUGGAACCAAAACUUGACGACGACACGCCUUUCGCUGUGAAAGAGAUUCAAGCUACGGAAGACGCGCAAGAAGUAGCAGAACAUUGGGAAAAAGAAGUCAAGGCCCUCAGGACCAUGAAUAGAUUGAAUCAAGAGCAUAUCGUCCGAUUUAUCACGGCUUUCCGACGGCGGCGACAGCAUGGGGCAGAUGAGCAUUACUUGAUGUUUGAAUGGGCAGACGGUGGCAAUCUUCGGACUUUGUGGAAAAGUAUGCCCUCACCUACUUUGACCGCACCACUCGUCAAAGACAUUGUCAAACAAAUCCUCGGGCUCGCUAGAGCACUUGAUGCUGCCCAUAAUCUGAAUGCGACUGGCGCUUCGUAUCGACAUGGCGAUCUCAAGCCUGAGAAUAUCCUGGUCUUCAAAGACGGUGGAUUGAUUGGCACUCUCAAGAUUGGCGACUGGGGGGAGGCUAGAGAGCACGGUCAAGCUACCGAGAUGCGCCCUAGCAAGACAACGGCAAAGUAUGGGACCCGUCGUUAUGAGGCACCGGAGGUAGAAACGGGUGUCACAGCCAAGUGGUUGGGGCAAUCGACUAAGCGGCGUUCGCGAUUGUACGAUAUCUGGGCAAUGGGCUGCAUUACCCUGGAACUCACUAUAUGGCUCCUGUACGGCAUGGAAGGCCUCAACCGUCUCGAUCGCGAGUUGGGGUAUGGUAGCUUCUACCAAACCAAUGUCGUUAACGGGAAAAAGGUGGCCCAAGUACACAAUGCUGCUGUGCGCUGGAUGGAUCAAAUGGCGGACGAUCCCAGGUGCCAAGUGGGUGUUACUGCCAUUGGUAAUCUUCUGGAGCUAGUGCGAACAGCCUUGCUGGUUGUAAAGCUUCCGCGAAGGCUUGGCACAACACUCGCUGGCAUCCCUGAGAGAUCACGCACAGAUUCAUUCGUAGAUCCACACAUGGACGUCGCUCGAGUGACAUCUCAGAACAUCACCCCCGAUGAAGAGGCUGUCGAAUUGAGCCCACAACCUGCGAUAGAUGUCCCUUCUUUUAGCUUCACCCUUGCGGAGCCAGAGCCCGACAGAAUCCCCAUACAGCCAGAGCCUGAGGCCCGCGGACCUGCUCGGUGUCUGGCAACCGAGUUCCGCAAACGUGUUGAGACCAUCAACGAGGAAGACGAAGAUGAAAGCUAUUGGUACAUGCAAACUCUUGACGCACAGAAGCUUGAAGGCUUUUCAUCAUAUGCAAGUGCGACAUCCGCACCAUCAGAUUAUGGUCCAGCGAAUGGUUAUCAGGCACAAGAUGUUGCAGUCUCAAUGCAGAACGGGGAUGAUUACGGGACGCCGGAACUUGACGAAAACGACUGGAAGUAUCAGCCCGGAAAUGACUUUGCGACUGAUCUGUUCAAGUCUCUCAGGAGCUCUCAUGUACUUGAACCCUCUGACCGGGCUGUAUCAUCACACCUCUGUGAUCAAUGCGUACGAUUCCGGGAUGAGGUCUCCAGUCCAGGUUUCGCCAUGUCAUACGAUAUGAGCGCACUGAGAACGACCGCGGGCGAGAAGAGAUGUGAUUUAUGCAUUUUACUGUGGCAAGCCGCACAAAAUGGGCGAAUAGAGACUUCGACCAUCAAAUUCGAGCGGACGGGUCCUUUUUUGAGGAUAGAGAGUACCGGUCCACGUAUUUUAUCUAUCGUUCGAGAUCCCGAACAACUGCUGCCGCCUACCAGCGAGUUCCAGCUGGGAUUUGUUGGGCUUCCGGAGGCCGGUUGCUCCACACAUCUAGAGGUCAUCAAGUACUGGCUCAGUAACUGCGACAGACACCACGGAUGCAAGCCGCUCGAGCAUGCUGCCACUGGUGCCAAGCUUCGAUUACCGACCAGGUUACUCGACGUUGGGAAUCAUGGAGACAAGAGUGUUCGGCUGUGGGCCACGACUCCUAACGACUCUGGCGAAUGGAUUGCGUUGUCGCACCGAUGGGGACUUCAACACCUUUCGACUACCCCCGAGACUCUCCAGGCACAUCUUGAUGGCAUUCAACUUAGUGCUCUUCCAGCCACUUUUAGAGAUGCGGUGACAGUGACUCGCGCCCUAGGGCGUCGCUACCUCUGGAUUGAUUCCCUUUGCGUUAUCCAAGGGCCGGGUGGCGACUUCAACACCGAAGCGAAACGAAUGGAAGAUGUCUACAGCGGCGCUUACUGUGUGAUCGCUGCAAGCUGUUCAGCUGACCACUUUUCGGGUUUUCUCAAGCAGCGAAACCGCAGGAGCUAUGUUGGGUUGUGCCGCGAAGGCAAAGGCGAGACACCCUUCUAUGUAUGCGAAAGUAUCGACAACUUCAAGGACCAUGUUCUCGAUGGCGAGCUGAAUAGUCGCGGCAAACUUUGUGCUUUCCUGGGAGAUCCAGAUUUUCCACACAUCCUGUACAACGCAUCUCAAGGCGAGAAGAUUCUGCGCUACCAAGAGCUCUACCGUGAAUACUCCCGACUUGGUCUAUCACAGCCAUACGACCGACCGACUGCUAUUGAUGGACUUCAACAACGCCUUCUCCGCACGAUGCGAGUGAAGGGUGGCUUCGGUAUUUUCGAUGAAGGUGUGACGCGUGGCCUACUCAGAAGAAGCCUUCUUUGGCGCCGCGGUAUCGACACCCCAAGUUUGACACGUAUCCAUUUCCCGUCACAUAGUGUCGUUUCCAAUGUGCCAUCAUGGUCAUGGAUGGCAUACACGGGCGGAAUCGAUUACCUACAGCCCGAGUUCAAUAAUUUCGAGUGGGAAGACCUACAAUCGCCGUGGUCACCCAAGGCCCCAGAUAAUGUAUCCAGCACAGACUUCAACGUGGCUAAUAUGGCACUCCACGCCACAGCGCGGGAAUAUGAUCUCGGUGCAGCGGUGCAGGGCGAGGGUGAUCUGAUCUUCGACACGCCAAAUGGGUCUGCUAGACCAGAAACGGUGUGCGUUGUGCUUGGAAAGGCGAGAGGCAGCCUCUCGCCCGAGACGCAGAGACACUACAUCUUGAUCAUCGCGGCAACAGCACGAAGCAAACGGGCUGGGAAGAAGGUGUAUGAGCGUGUAGGCACAGGGUAUCUACCCGGGAAGUGCAUUUCACCUAGUGGAGUCAGCGUGAUGGUUCAUUGA